AUGACAAACGCGGCUACGGUAUAUUCCAAUUAUCAAUUUAAUGCCCAACAUCCAGAACUCUUGAUUCCUUAUUUAACCAAUGAUUCUUCUUCUGAUAAAGGUAUAACUCUCUCGAGAAUAGAAGGGGCUUUGACUAAUGUUAUUUAUAAAGCUGGUCUUUUAGAUAAAGAAGGAAGAUCAACAGGUGAGAAUUUCCUAAUACGAAUUUAUGACACCCAGAAUGAUAGUAUUGUAAAUAGAGAUGAUGAAUUAAAUGUAUUGAGAAGAUUACCGGAGAGUUUUGAGAUGAUUAAAAUUUUAUUUCAUUUUAAAAAUGGCAGAGUAGAAAAAUUCUUAGAUGAUUAUAGAGCCAUUAGAAGUGAUGAAAUGAAACUACAUUAUAAUUUAGAAAAAAUUGCAUACCGUUUUAAAGAAUUGCAUACUUUAACUGAGUUAACAGUACAAGAACAACAAAAAUACUUUGCCAAUAGUAAUAAAAUCAAUUAUAAUUGUUUUUGUUGGGAUAAAAUUUUCACUUGGGUAGAUGCGAUAGAAAAAUACACAAAAUGGGUAAAUGUUUCGAAUAGUAUAAAUAUUCAGGUAAACUUCUUCUGUAAGGAUUGGAAUACUUUAAAAUCAAUUAUAUUUCGUUACAAGCAAUGGUUGACGCAAAAUGACUCGGUAAGUUUCCAGAAUAUGGCAUUGUGUCACAAUGAUACCCAACACGGUAAUAUCAUGUUAGAACGAACAGCCGAUGAGACAUCUAAUAUCAUCUUUAUAGAUUUUGAAUAUGGUGGUGUCGAUACAAUCUCUUUUGAUUUAGCUAAUUUCUUAACAGAGUGUAUGCAUGAUUAUGAAACUAAGGAAUCGUAUAUUUGUGACCCUAAGAAAUAUCCAAGCCAGGAUCAAAUUAAAUAUUUUAUUGAAAAAUAUUUGAAACAUUUAAACAAAAAUGAAAUUUUACAAGCUGAUAUUGAAAAUUUAUAUAAUUCAGUAACCAAAUGGCGAGCUUGUUCACAAUUAUUUUGGUCUGUAUGGGCAGUGUUGCAAAGCGGAACUUUGAAUAUUACAACGAAUGACGUUAUAAUUGACCAAACUGAUAGAUUUGAAUAUUUAAAAUUUUGUCAAAGUAAGAUGUCAUUAUUUUGGAAUGAUAUGUUAAAGUUAGGGAUUGCAAACUCUGAUGAUUGCAUAUUGGAUAAAAUAGGAACCAUGGAUGUGGAUUUAAUUUGA